AUGGAAAUGACGGUGUUUUUGCAAUCUGACUCGACUACUCUCUCUGAACGGUCUGAAAUAUGGAAGACUGUGUUUCAGACGUUGCGGAAUGCUCAGACCACUUUAGAUACGCAAAUAUCUCAUGAUGCUUUAAAAGAACCAGCGGUUGCAGAUCUGCAGCUUACUUUGUCUGCAACUGGAUCGUCUGCCAAGUCGGCGAUACUCUCCACCGCUCUCGACUUUUCUCAAGAAAAACUGUCCGGUUUGGUUUCUGCAUGGGAAAGAGAUUUGGCGCCUACUUUCAUCUCUUCCCGAACUGAGCUUUCCGACACACUUGAGAAAGAUGCUCUGGCUUGCCUUUCUGCUGUUCUUUUCCAGGAGGAACUGGUUAAAUUAUUGACCGAAUCGCAGCUUUCUUCUCUUUUAGAUAUCCUGAUAUGUAUUAUUUCAAGUGCUUCUUGUGGAGACUAUCCCCAGUCAACCUGUCAAUUGGCUGUUUGGACUUUGUCUUCCCAAAAAAUUCAACCUACUCGGAUUAUUGAACUCAAGGCUGAUCGCAUUAUUGCCGCGCUCAUGAGCUGUCUGCAGUCGAACCAUGUGAAUCUGGUCGAUGGAGCACUGCGAGCAUUUUCUCGAGUGUGUAUGCAAUCUUCUUAUUUUUCCCAGAAUGUAUCCAGCUGGUUUGGAAUUGUAAUGGACUUGCUUUUCUCUGCCGAAACUUCCAUUCGACGGUCUGCAGAUAGCUUUCUUUCUUUGAUUGCCCCACAAAUGAUUACUUUUAGUGAAAUACACCUAGAACCAUCAAAAAAGUCUAGCAGAUCAUCAUCUGGGUUCAUCUCCAAGUUUAUCGACACAUUGAGUGCCCAUUCUAAUGAUGGUAUCAACAUGAUGUGUGCUUGGGGUCACGUCAUGAUUGCUUUUGGAGUCAAAUUGCAUAAAACAGAGUCAUUGAAUACACUACUUUCCAUCGCUGAGCCAAACUUCAAUUCUACUCGACCUGCACAAAGAAUUGCCGCAUUUAGAGCUUGGAAACGCUUGAUUCUUAAUUUUUCGCUUAAUGGUCAUUUGUUUUACAGCAAGCGUGUUAAACUUAUUCUUCUUCCUAUAUGGCACUGCUUGCGUCUUGAAAAAAAGAAUUCUGUUCGCCAGGCUGCAUUUGAAACAUACAUGUAUUUGCUAGUGCAUCUUGGUCGCCGCUCAAUGCCACUUGCUGGGUUUUUGGAAAAUUACGUGUUACCCACAUUGCAGUAUAUCCUAUCCAAAGGCACCAUGCUUGAAAUUCUUUUAUUGGCACUGGCUGAUCUGAUCGAUAAACCGGCCGAGCCUAUUUCUCAAGAUGCAACUAUUAUGAUCCUAGACAGCUCUGCGAUUGAUUUGAGCGGCCAGAUAUGUAGAUAUAUUCCAGUCGAGGCCUGGACUCAAGCCGAUUUUGAUGUGCUUGUUCAAUGCGUGUCACUGUCUCUUAACCGGCUAGAGCAAGCUCAGGAGCCGUGUUAUCGCAUUUGGACAAAGAUUUGUGAUUUUACACAGUCUUUAUUGAAGCUUGAAAUAGAUAGAGGCAGAAAAUGUAUGCUCUCCAUUGUCAAAUUUCUUGGUAGUCUGGUGCAAUCUGAAUCAGUGAGUGUUGCCACGUUGGCCAUGGAACUGUACCUCCCUGGAGUUACUCUACUAUCUUUUGAGUUUUGUAACCUUUUCUCAGAAGACAUUGACAUGUUCAAAUAUAUUCUUGAAGAGGGUGUGGGCUUUAUGUCCAUGAAACUCGCACCAACCACGCUGGAUGCAUGGUUGCGUUUUUCCAAAGAGAUUUUGGCUAUGAUACCCGAAGGCAGUGUGUCUGAGAAUGUCAUUAUUGCACUUGAGCAAGUAGAAACGAAUUUGGCUACACAUUUUUCUAAAGUCAACACUGUCCAAGAUUCCCCAGCAGUUGAGGAGAGUAUUGGGAGUCUAGACAAUGAAGAUUCAAACGAUACAGUUACCGCGAUUGAGCAUGCUGAUGAUUCCGCGUUGCUGGAUCUCGAUUCAAGUAUUCAAAUGGAUUUUUUGCAGCCAAAGCACUCUUUUACAAUGCCAGACAACUCUCUACACAAAGUGACACAGGAGAAGCGUAAAUCCGACAUUACUGCAACUGAUGUGCGGCCUGUCAAACGAGUUUUGGCCAAUGAUGGUAGAGAAUUUACGAUGCAUUUGAAAAAACUCGUGCAGUUUCAAGAGGAUUUAAAUGUGAUGGAUGCAAACGAGAUUCUAAGAGUGCAGACAACACUUGUACAGCUUAUGGGCAUGUGCUGCGAGCGCCUUUCUCAAUAA